CAACAGGCGCGGAAAUUCUUGCUGGGGUCGGAAACUUUGGUGCUGAAUUGAGAGUGGCAGCGGUAGGUCAGUCAUAAAGUUAAUAAUAAAGACAACCGAAGCACGCCUGGAAAUUAUUAAAAAGGUACAGUAAAAUUUAUUUAAUUUGACAGAGAAUCAUUCCGACUUUACUGAAAACAGCAGCCGUAUUGAUGGAGGACGUCACGCGGCUUGUGUCGUCGGGCGACGAUGUGAAGGUCUGGAGCUCCGCUUCCAUGACUGUUCUGGAGCAGUUCAACCCUCACAGUGCCCGACAUCCAGUGUCUCGUGUGUGUUGGAGCAGCAACAAUCGGUAUCUGGUGACCGCCAGCAGCAGUGGGGACAAGCUGGUGGUGUCCAGUUUGAAAUCAUCCCCUAUCCCUCUGGUUGAGCUUGGAGAGGGGAGGAAGCAGACCCGCAUCAGCUUGAAUUCCACCUCCCAGUUCCUUGUGAGCGGUGGCCUGGACUGCAGUGUCAACAUUUGGGAUCUGAAGACCAAGAAGUUGCACCGCUCCUUGCAGGACCACAAGGAAGAAGUGACCUGUGUGUCCUUCAAUGGCAACGACAACUACAUAGCCUCCGGAUCCACCAGCGGCGAUAUCAUCCUGCACAGCAUCACCACCAACCUGUCCAGCAAGCCGUUUGGUCAUGGUGCUAUACAGCCCAUCCAUGACCUGAAGUACUCGUUUGUGAAGCGGUCACUUUUGGGCACGGUGUCAGACAGUGGCGUGGUUGUGUUGUGGGAUGCCAACACGCAGAAGGAGCUGCACUCAUUCCCGGAGAAACACAAGGCCCCUGCUUCCGGGCUUGCCUUCUCACCCACCAGCGACCUCCUCUUUGUCACUGUGGGUCUGGACAAGAAAAUCAUCUGUUACGACACCUCCAGCAAGAUGGUUUUGCGAAGCAUGCGAGCAGAGUCCCCUUUGACGGCCAUUGACUUCAUGCCAGACGGAGCGGGGCUUGCUGUGGGCUCCACUCAGGGAAAAGUGUAUCUGUAUGACCUCCGGAACCUCAGUGCACCCGUGAACGUGGCCAUCGCGCAUAAGACCUCUGUCACCUGCCUCAGCUUCCAGCACAUCCAUUCACGUCAUACCAAGUCGAGCAAAGUGGGAUCCAGCAAGACGUCCUCCACUGUACCCAGCAAGAGGACGUCGGUAAAACUGGAAGAUCCUGCUGGACCUGAUCCCACGCCUGUCCCUAGCCCCUCUAGUGCAGCGUCGACGUUUUCCAUAUCCAUGGUGACCCAACAUGGCUCCCAAGCCGUGUCUGACCAGCACAUGGCAGAGAAAGCAGAUGGCGGCAUGGAUGUCAUGCUCCGCAAGGAAGAUGAGGGCCAGCAAGGUGGGGACCGGCUCCCCAGCAUGGACAGGUUUAAUAACGUCGGCCGGAACAGCCUGGACAUCUUCUCGCCAGUGCGAGAGGACUACAAGGCCCUCAGGCUGAGUGUAGACCCUUCAAGUGGAAAGAAGAAAGAUGAGUUGGACUUCCUGUCACAGUACGCCAGAGUCACUGACCCCCGCAGGACCCCCCUGGGCACACCAGGGAGCAUCGGGCCCAGUUCCGUGUUCCAGACCCCUCCUCCAAUCAGGGAGGAAGAAACCUCACCGCUAGUACUGCCGCAGAUAAUGGAAUGUCGAACGGGUGAUAAAGAUCUGAGUGAAGGUCUCACGUUGGAGCUAGACUCGCAGGCUGUGCCCGGCAGCACGGGGCCCCCAGCACGUACUCCUGAGGCCACCCUAAGGAGUGGGAGGGAGGGCGUGGCCCCGCUCCGCUUCGACACACCCGUCAACGGGGCCACCCCUGCCGCUGCACGCAAACCUCCAGGUGUGGAGUCUGUGGCCUCCUCCCUCACUGAGCGAAUCGCAGAGAGUGUUGGCGUUGAGGGGGGCGGGGCUCCACUCUCGGCCCUGCAGGUGCAUUUCAUCCGCAAUAUGAUCCACGAGGCUCUGGAGGACUUUAGGGAUGCCUGUCACAGGGACAUUGUGAACCUGCAGGUGGAGAUGAUCAGACAAUUCUACAUCCAGCUGAACGAGAUCCACGGCCUGAUCGAGAGAUACUCAGUGACCGACUCGCUGGUGGAGGAGAUCGAGUGUCUCAAAGAGGAGAACAAGAGGCUGAAGACCAACUACUGAGUGGCGAGAGCCUGUCUCUCUCAGCAUUAAUCUCCGGACCCCCCCCCCCCACACGGGCAGAAUAUGCAUGACGUGGGUAGGGGUGGUGUUCAUCCAGCUUCACCUCUGUGCUUUGAGAAGAGAAGGGCUUUUCGUUUUUUUCUCCCUUUCCUCUUUCCUCUUGUGGAUGGUCGGCGGCCAUUGUGGCGCCUGUCGUUUAGUGACUCACGACUAUAGCAAAGUGCCUUAUCACUAACACCAGCUUACCGGAGCACCUGUGCUGAGCCUGGGUGAAAGCGCGCGGUGGCUGGCUGGUGGGAAGGGCGGGUGUCGCCCCAGGAGAGCUCUGCUGCUCCACCCCCCACCCCCCCAAUUCUCCCAGCCUUACAGGUUAUUCAGUAUUUUACUUUGAGUUAGCACGGUUUUUACAGGUGCAUACCAGCUCCCUGUUGGAAGGGAGCCAGGGCGACAUAAAUUUACACCUGCGAAACAAGACUAUCAAACACCCCCCAAAGGGCUUUCCUCACUCAGUUUUCACGGGUGUCCUGGUUUGCAAAAAAUAAAUAAAAAAUGUUCUAAACAGCAGCUAAUUAGAAGGUCACGCACCUGUGGGAUUGGAUGUAAGGGCUACAGACCUGAAAGUUUGAGAAAUGUUUGCGUGUGUGUGUGUGUGUGUGUGUGGGGGGAUGGAUUAUGGACUUGCAGCAAUAAAUUAUCAGGUGUGUAUGACCUGG